GAGAGAGAGAGAGAGACAGGCAGAGAGAGAGAGAGGCAGGCAGAGAGAGAGAGAGAGAGACAGGCAGGCAGAGAGAGAGACAGGCAGGCAGAGAGAGAGAGAGAGAGAGACAGGCAGGCAGAGAGAGAGACAGGCAGGCAGAGAGAGAGAGAGAGAGACAGGCAGGGAGAGAGAGACAGGCAGAGAGAGAGAGAGACAGGCAGGGAGAGAGAGACAGGCAGGGAGAGAGACAGGCAGAGAGACAGGCAGAGAGAGAGAGAGAGAGACAGGCAGAGAGAGAGACAGGCAGGCAGAGAGAGAGAGAGAGAGGCAGGCAGGGAGAGAGAGAGUGGUGUUGUGGAGUAUUGGGUGUGGCACGAGCGCUUUCACUCUCGGGGCGGAGCUUUGGCUUGAGCUCGCGCUGUAUCUCCGCUGUUUGCUGGGAAUUGAGGGCGCGCGCUGGAGUCUCCACACCAACUGCUGCUCCUACGCGGAAGUUUCGGCUCCAGGCUCGAGUUAUUUCCCCUCAGAGGCGUCUAUAAAAAGGUUUUAAAAUUUGGCUUGGAUUGAGCCAAGGACGCAAUGAUGGCAAUGCAAAUGGGUGAACAUGAUGGUGUGAUGAAGGUUGCAGACUGGCAGAAAACGUAUUAUGCAACAGACUCUGGGAUCCAGUCAGGGGCCAACACAGUGCAUGCAGAUGAUGGGAUGGAGUACAGCAAGAAAUACACCUACACCACCACCACCACCACAGUUACUGAGGACCCUGCAGACCUGGAGUCACAGUACGCCCUGACUAGAUCCCAGCGUGUGCGGCAGGCCAUGUUCCCUGAGACGAUGGUCGAGGGGACGAGCGUUUUGUCCACCCAGGUGGAUUUAUCCCAGCAGACCAACGUGCAGAAGCUGGCUGAGCCUUCGCAAAUGCUCAAGGCGGCCAUCAUCCACCUGAUUAACUACCAGGACGAUGCCGAGUUGGCAACCCGUGCUGUUCCUGAACUCACUAAACUGCUCAAUGAUGAUGACCAGGUGGUGGUGAACAAGGCGGCACAGAUUGUGAACCAGCUGACGCGAAAGGAGGCGUCCCGCCGUGCUCUGAUGCAGUCACCCCAGAUGGUGGCGGCUGUGGUGAGGGCCAUGCAGAACACGAGCGACAUGGAGACAGCUCGUGCCACUGCCAGCAUCCUGCACAACCUGUCACAUCAGCGUGAGGGCUUACUGGCUAUCUUCAAAUCAGGGGGCAUUCCUGCAUUGGUGCGCAUGCUCGGCUCUCCUUUAGAGUCAGUGCUGUUCUAUGCAAUCACCACACUCCACAACCUGCUCCUACACCAGGAGGGGGCCAAGAUGGCUGUACGUCUGGCUGAUGGUCUGCAGAGGAUGGUGCCACUGCUGAAGAAAAACAAUCCCAAGUUUCUGGCCAUUACCACAGAUUGCCUUCAGCUUCUUUCCUUUGGCAACCAGGAGAGCAAGUUAAUAAUUCUGGCUAACGGUGGGCCCGAAGCCUUGGUGCAGAUCUUGAGGACCCAAAACUAUGAGAAGUUGCUGUGGACCACCAGCCGCGUACUGAAAGUGCUGUCUGUGUGUCCUAGCAACAAGCCGGCCAUCGUAGAGGCUGGUGGAAUGCAGUUUCUGGGGAAGCACGUGACUGGCCCUAGCCAGCGGCUGGCACAGAACUGUCUGUGGACUCUGAGAAACCUGUCUGAUGCUGCCACCAAACAGGAUGGCCUGGAAGGGCUGCUGCAGGUUUUGAUCAGCCUCCUGGCGACUGAUGAUCUAAACAUGCUGGCUUGCAUCUCGGGCACCCUGUCGAAUCUGACAUGCAAUAAUGCCCGUAACAAGACAUUUGUAUGCCAGGAAAAUGGUGUGGAGGCUCUGAUCCAUACGCUGCUGCGUGCUGGAGAUAAGGAGGAUGUGACUGAGCCUGCCACCUGUGCCCUACGCCACCUGACCAGCCGCCACCAGGAUGCUGAGCUAGCACAGAAUGCCGUGCGCUUGCACUAUGGCAUCCCGCCCAUCGUCAAACUGCUCAACAGGCCAUACUACUGGCCUGUUGUCAAGGCUGUGGUUGGCCUGAUCCGUAACUUGGCACUGAGCCCACCGAAUCAGCCCUGUCUCAGAGAUGCUGAUGCUAUUAACAAACUGGUCAAUCUGCUAAAAAAUGCCCACCAGGAUGCUCAGAAGCACGGCUCAAGCAGCCAGCAAACUUACCAGGAUGGUGUGAGAAUGGAGGAGAUUGUGGAAGGAUGCACAGGAGCACUGCACAUCUUGGCCAGAGAUCCUGUGAAUAGAAGCCUCAUCAUCGAGUUGAAUACCAUUCCACUGUUUGUGCAGUUGCUCUACUCCCCAGGGGAUAACAUAAAGCGGGUAGCUGCUGGUGUGCUCUGUGAGCUGGCGGUGGAUAAACAAGCAGCCGUGUUAAUUGACAACGAGGGAGCUUCUAGCCCCCUCAUGGAACUGCUGCACUCCAACAACGAGGGCAUUGCUACAUAUUCGGCUGCUGUGCUCUUCCGCAUGUCCGAGGACAAAACUGCCGACUACAGGAAGCGCAUGUCAGUGGAGCUCACACACUCUCUGUUCAAACAUGACCCAGCAGCGUGGGAAACGGCUCAGAGUGUAAUGAUGGAUCCUGGCUUUAUGCAAGAUGAGAAUGAGGCUCGCUUUGGCGGUGGUGGGGUUGGAUAUGAUCCCGUGCAUACGGAGUUUGACGUGGCUGAUGAUUACCUACAAAGCUAUGACACAGUGGGCAGACCCUACAAUGGUGCUUGCUAACAGAUGUAAACUUUCAAGAACUCCACUAAUCAAGGAAAUGCUUCACGGAUGGAGAGUUGCCUUCUCGCGUGGAUAACUGGCUCUGCACACACACACACACCUACUGUAUGAUAUGCAACAAUCACUGUGCUGUGAGGGGUAGAAUCACACAUUACUCAACACUGCCUUCUCAUGAAAACAUGCUUUUUUUUUGUAGAAAAUGUAUUUUAGGGCUUAUUGAGGGUUUGUAAACUCAUUAGACAAGAGAACUACUUAUCUACCAAAGAGUUAUGUUGAUCGUGUUCAGUUUUUAAGUAUACAUUUGAUGAAAAAGCUGGCAGCACUGAGCAGUGCGAGUCAGUUGACCCCAAUUCAGCUUUGAAGCCUCAGUCACGUUGUAGGCUGAAUGAAUGGGGUUUAUGGGGAAGAUAAGCACAGUUUGCCCCUUUUCCCUCAGCAUGUCUUAACUCAAGAGUUUGUGCCAUAAUGAUGGAAUUAUGACUUGCAAACUUAAUUUUUUGGUUACUAAAAAUCAUUAUUACGUGACUAUUUUGCCUUUGACACAGCAACCCCAAACAAAAUGAAUUGUACUUAUACACUUGUGUUUUUCUAUAUUGUCUAAUUCUGCACCACACAAUGAUUAAAAUACAAGGCUAAAUCUGCAGAUCACACUGAUAGGGUUGUGUUGAUUUUUCUUUUGUUUUCUACUUUAAAAUAACCAAUAAAGAGUUUGAUAACUGAGCAGGAAAGUAGAAGUUGUCUUUAUAUUGUUUCUACAUUAACAAAAUAAAACCAGUUACUAACUGAA